AUGCGUCUCUCAUCCUUAGCCUGGGCCCUUCCCCUGGUCGCUCUCGCGUCCGCUCUCCCUGCGCGCCGCGCCGACCUCGUCGUGCACGAGCGGCGCGCAUUCGAACCUCUCGACUGGGUCGCGACUGGACGCCCAGCGGUGGAUACGGUCUUGCCACUUCGCUUCGGGCUCACACAGCAAAACCUGCACCGUCUCGAGGAACUGCUCAUGUCCGUCUCGCACCCCACAUCCGCGAGCUAUGGCCAGCACUUCUCCCCGGAGGACGUCGUCGAGCUAUUCCGCCCCAGUGACGUCACCGUUGCUAGCGUCACGGAGUGGCUUGUCGGCGAGGGCAUUUCGCCUGACCGGUUGAAGAUGAGCGCGAGCAAGGGCUGGAUCGAGGUCAACGCGACGAUCGCGGAGGCGGAGGCGCUUCUUGACGCACAGUACGAGGAAUUUACGCACUCUUCUGGUGCAAAGCAAAUCAGUUGCCACUCUUACUCCGUCCCUGAGGCCGUACGCCCACACAUCGACCUCGUCAAGCCCACUGUGCACUUCUUGCACCGCAUCCCGACGUCUGACCAGCUGCAGACGCGCAAGAGGUCGUUUGAGCGCCCGUCGACUCACCUCAAACAAGGCGCGAAGAAGUUGAGCGCGGAUGUGACCAUAACUCCAAGUCUGGAGAACUGCGACGAGCUUAUCACGCUUGACUGUCUCCGUGCUCUCUACUCCAUCGACCACACCCCUGUGUCGACAGACAAGAACACCUUUGGUAUUCUGGAGUUCACUCCUCAGGCCUUCCUUCAGAGCGAUCUCGACAUGUUCUUUGCCAACUUCUCCCCCAGCCAAGUCGGCACGGCUCCCCAGCUGAUCUCCAUCGACGGUGGUGUCGACCAGACUCAGAUGACCGGCUUCAACUUCAACGGCGAGAGCGACCUCGACCUGCAGUAUGCCUUCGGCCUUGUGAACCCACAACCUAUCCUGCUCCUCCAGACUGGCGACCUCGUCGAGGGCGCGUCGUUCAACAACUGGCUCGACGCCGUCGACGGCUCCUUCUGCACGUUCGAAGGUGGUGACGAUCCCACUCAAGACGGUAUCUACCCCGACCCUCUUCGCGGUGGAUUCGAUGAGCCUGAAUCGUGCGGAAUCCUUCCGCCCCCUUUCGUCGUCUCGACGUCCUACGGUCAAGACGAAGCCACGGUCACCGCCGCGUACGCACAACGCCAGUGCGCCGAGUACGGCAAGCUCGGGAUGAUGGGUACCACCGUCCUUUACUCCUCUGGGGACGACGGCGUCGCUGGCGGCGGUGGCGUCUGCCUCAACGCGCAAAACCAACCUAGUCGCCGCGGCACGAAGUUCAGCCCGGAUUUCCCCGUCACCUGCCCGUUCGUCACCGCCGUGGGUGCCACUCAGGUGAACCCGGGCUCGACGGUGAACGACCCCGAGGGCGCGUGCGAGCAGGUUAUCUUCUCGGGUGGAGGGUUCAGCAACAUCUUCGCGAUGCCGGACUACCAGGCCGAGGCGGUCACCAGCUUCUUGACGAACCACCCGCCGCCGUUCACGGCUGCACAGUUCAACAAUUCCGGCAAUGUGCGCGCCUUCCCCGACCUGUCGGCGAACGGCGCGAACUAUGUUGUCGCGGUCGCGGGCGAGUUCGAGCUCGUGUUCGGGACGUCGUGCUCUUCCCCUGUUGUGGGCUCUAUGAUUACUCUCGUCAACGACGCCCGUCUCGCCGCUGGCAAGGGACCUGUUGGCUUCAUCAACCCCGCUAUCUACUCGGACGCUUUCAAGGGCGCAUUCCAUGACAUCACCAUGGGCGGAAACCAGGGUUGUGGCACCGCCGGAUUCACUUCAACCGAGGGAUGGGACCCUGUGACUGGUGUCGGCACCCCCAACCUAGCAGCGCUUAUGCCUCUCUUCUUGGGCCUUCCCUAA